AUGACGCUAUGGCCGAAUGUUAUACUCUCCCAAAGUUGCAACCUCAAGAGACUUCUCCUGCGAAGGAUACCGAUUUUAGCAUGGCUACCUUUGUACAGUUGGACCAAACUUUUGCAGGACACUUUGGCAGGAUUGACAGUGGGUCUGACCGCAAUACCGCAGGGCAUAGCGUAUGCAGUAGUGGCUGGACUUCCGGCACAGUAUGGCCUAUACAGCAGUUUCAUGGGUUGCUUCGUUUAUCUAAUCUUCGGUAGUAGUAAGGAUGUGACGGUAGGACCUACCGCAAUAAUGUCAUUAAUGAUACAGACAUACGUGAGCAAUUUGGGAAAAGACAUUGCAAUACUCGUAUGCUUCUUAUCAGGCGUCGUAAUCACAAUCAUGGGAGUACUUCAUUUGGGAUUUCUCAUAGACUUUAUAAGCAUGCCCGUAAUUUGCGGCUUCAGUAAUGCUGCGGCGAUUAUUAUCGCUAGUUCCCAAUUAGGUACCUUACUAGGUAUUAAAGGGCGUAGUAACUCCUUUAUCGAUUCUAUUUCAAAUGUUAUUUGGCAUAUAAAUGAAACCCAACUUUGGGAUACAGUGCUAGGAAUAUGCUCAAUGGUGAUACUAAUUAUUCUCAAGAAACUGCCCGGUAAAAAGCUAGGAACUCCUUUUGAAAAAUUCAUGUGGCUAAUCGCCUUGGCCAGAAACGCCAUAGUCAUGAUGAUUGGAAUUCUCAUAGCUUACGUGCUAUUUUCUUAUGAAAUCAAGCCUUUCCAAAUUACGGGCAACAUAACUGAGGGUUUACCACCGUUUUCUUUACCUCCGUUUACCAUUGUAAACGGAAGCCGUACAUAUACAUUCACAGAAAUAGUCAGCGAACUUGGUAGCAGCGUCCUCACGAUACCAUUUGUAGCCGUCUUAGAGAGUAUCGCCAUCGCUAAAGCAUUUGCGAAAGGAAAGACUCUUGACGCCAAUCAAGAAAUGCUAGCGCUUGGGCUUUGUAACAUAUGCGGUAGCUUUGUGAAAUCAAUGCCUAUAACUGGAAGUUUCACUCGUACCGCUAUUAACAAUUCGUCUGGCGUCAAAACACCGUUGGGUGGUGUUAUCACUGGCAGUUUGGUGAUAACAAUUUUGGCAUGCAACCAGUUGAUAUCUACUUUCACAUUUAUUCCCAAAGCCACGUUAGCGGCUGUCAUCAUGAUCGCAAUGUUCUAUAUGUUCGAAACACACAUUUUUAUUCUUCUUUGGAGAACAAAGAAAAUUGAUCUAGUGCCGUUAAUAGUGACGUUAUUAUGUUGCUUGACGAUCGGUUUGGAAUACGGUAUGAUCGCUGGGAUUGCGGUUAAUCUAAUUCUUUUACUCUAUUUUGCGGCCCGACCAGGGUUAUUGAUCGAAGAGCGAAUCGUUGAUGGCUUGACCAUGCUUUUCGUAUCGCCCAAGCAAUCCCUGAGCUUCCCAGCAGCAGAGUACCUUCGAGAGCAAGUAAUGUCGUGGUGCGAUAAGAAAGAACCGACAAGGUUACCAGUGAUAGUGGAAGGUCGUCACGUGCUUAGGAUUGAUGCUACAGUCGCGAAAAACCUAGCAUUACUCUUGUCGGAUCUCACCGUACGAAAUCAGAAGAUCAUUUUUUGGAAUUGGUGCGAGGACGCCAGACAAACUUUGAUAAAUUACGACUCAUCAUUCGAAACUUAUUGUAGAUCGUCCGACAGCAUAACGCGGAUAUUUACAGACGAGACCAUGAUUUGUUAAUUGGACCCAUAGAGCUACCGCCAUAAC